AAGUUUUCUUUUACUAUUAGAAUACUUGUAAGCCGCUAACGUAUCCCUUUUUUCAAAAAAACGCCGCAUUUGCCGCCGCGACUUCGCACUCCGAUGUCUUUCAUAUGGGGGAGGUUACACCUUAUGCGCUAAACCCCAUUUUGAAUGUACGACUAAUAGGGAAAUAUUCGGGGGUCGUGAGGAAUUACCUAUUUCUAGCAGGACCCCGUGCUGGCACUUUGUUCGAGGUCGGUGGUAGCCAAGGAGGCUUGAGCCGGCUUUUUUUUUCGAUUUCGGGUAUUGAGCAUGGGUGGUAGACGUUUUCGAAUUGUGCCGACAAGUGAGGUUCAUGGAUUUCUAAUGGUUGAAAGGCAAGAGACCUAGUUCCCUUGCCCCAUGACACUUGAGGGUGGGUUGUUGGCUGUGUUUUAGUUGUUCUAUCAGAUCAGCUGUCCCUACAGUGUCGGUAUCACUGUUGCAACUACGGCUACAGCCCAAUUUCCUCUUGUUUCUCUUCCAAAGAAAAACAAAACAAAGUUGACCACGAGAUCCAAGGGGAAGCUAGCAAAAAUUCCGACCAGCAUAGGCAGGUAUUCACCGAAUUUCUCCUCCGUACGACCAGGGCAUAGGGUUGUUCACGGGGCUACCGGUACUCAAUUUCACGACGUCACCCAAGACCGGGCGCUAGGACGCCAGCACCGCCCAAUCCCUAAGGCACGCGUGGAGAGGAACAUUGCUGGCUCGCGGUAGUGCCCGCAGCCAGUUGUUGGGUAAGGCAGCCGUAAAAGUGUGUGGCCAAGGAAAGGGGUCAAUGACCAUUGAAGGGGGAGGGAGUGCCCUUCGAAACCGUGCAGUGCAUACUCGAGUACUGUGUACUGGAAUCGAAACCGUAAGGGAGCGUUGUAGAUUGCAGGUUCCCGGCGGGGAUGAAGACUGGAAUCUGCCAGAGAAGUUAUCCGAGGGAAGGAUGACGGUAUGGGGUGUAUGAGGCACAAGGAUGGUCUAAGGGAGGGUGCGCCUGCGAGGUCCAUAUUAUCACCGGCGUUCGGUACAUGAUGGCACGACACAAAUGAUCACAGCCUGGUGAUAUCGGACCUAGUUGCAAUGCCCCUCCUCGCACACAAGCCGAGCCACGACUCGGAAAGAUACAAAUGCGCUACAAAAGUAAGAAAACCCACACAUGGCCCCAACUUAUGACCAAUCGAGACUAACGAAUGCCUCCCAUCAACCGCGCAAGAAUGACCCCAUAUAUUCUCCCGUUUUACCAUCCCGGAGACCGCCCAUGAGCAGCAACAAACUACCGGAUCCCUUUAAAGGCUCCGAGAACACCGGGGGUUGUGCUGGUAACCCCCCAACAGCUCUGGAUGCAUACCGCUGUCGAACACGCAGAUUGUGUCACUCGAUUAAGCGCUUGGGCUGUGGUGCUUAAACACCAGGAGUGCAAUUGUUAUAUGCUCGUACACAGGGCUAGGUUUCGUCGGUAUGCAGCGCCACGUGCAGGAGGGUGGGAAUAACCUGCUGCCGCAUGAGGAACUACCACGACAUCGGCAUAUUGCGAAGGGCGGUGCCAGGGUAACUGAUGGCCUUUGCGUGACGUACACGGAGAGGUGUAUCUAUAUUACAGAAAACCGGUGUCUAUAUGGCCUAUUCCCGGAUAAGAAGGCAUAUAGGCGUUAGUGGGUAUGUUCUGCUACAGGUAUGCACGGUAAGUAGGGAGUUCGUUGUUUGAUGCAUUUAGGAAGGUCAAGGGUAGUAACCCGCCGGAUGCACACGGUAUUGACUUAUCGGACAGCAGGGGGAGAAAGUGUGUCCAUGGCGCGACGCAUUAUAGACUGUACGAUAGGCUCUCAGUCGUUCAGAAUUUCUGGAUAUUAUGCGAGGGAGAAAGAUGUGCGAAGUCCUCGGGACAUGGCGACAAGAUGACUUCAAUUCCGGCAUGCGUCGUGGUAAGUGCGUCCAUGAUUCCGUCAACCUUGCGGGGGAUGCCCAAACGGAGCUAUCGCACGAUCCGUAGCCGUCCGAUCUCCAUAGGUCCAAUGAGGUAUAGUAGGUUCGAGAAAAGCCUUCCGGCCCCAGUCCUUGCAUGGCCCAGUUGUGCAAGAUCGCCCUUCUUCCUUCAAGCCCCUCGAUACCCGGGCAGGCCAGUGGAAGUAAGGGUCGGCCUUCUUUCUUUGGAGUCCCGACAGUCGAGGAAUCAUGCCCCUCCCCUUAGAGGAACAUGAUCUUCUGUUGGGCUCUGCCAGGCGAUAUGCGCCAGGCUGAUUACUGGUAUAUGCGGUCUUCACAAGCUUUGACAUACCGGAAGUUAGCAAAGGCAAAGUAGAGGAGCAGGAAGAAAAAACGAACCCAUACAGAAACCGGGCGAACAAAUAUAAUAUGCAGCGCUCCUCGAGAAUUGUAGCACUGCUGCCCCGAGGGGUUUACAGACCAUAUUCCGGGAGUCUAAACCCUCCGGCACUUGCUACAAGGCUUUGCGCAUAUGUAUCUCUGAAACCAUAACGUUGCUCUAGCCGGGGCUUCUACCGGUAUAUACUCGUAUGUUGGUAGUUGUGGGUUGAAAUAUAACCCCGUGCAUGUAUCACAUGUGCGCCUAGUAUCGUGUUGAGCCGUAAUAGGAUACUGCACCGCAACUGGCAACAGAACAGGAGCUUCCUCAACUUUAAGUACGGAAAUGUCUAGCAUCCACCAUACUAUCCGAAAUACUCGGGCACUAGCAUUCACGUAUGACCUAAGAAUCAAGAAUCGAGAGGGUAAAUUACUAGCAGCCGAGGGACAGAGGGAACGGAGCUCACUCCUGACAUCAGAAUAAAGGCUUUCUGCAGGCCGGAAUUAAAGAUGCUCGAUCGCUUCAAGGCCGAUGUCUCCUUCUUAGGAUUCCGCCCUGCUCGGGAACCCCAUACCCAGAAGGGAAGGAGGAACUGCUGUGGAAUUUCAGCAGUCUGGGGACACCAAUUCCUCUGAGGCUCCCGAAGUUCUACUUGAGUAAGUCUUUAAAGUUUAAACCUAAACCAAGGAGCUCUCGGUUUGAACAGUGUCGUGGGAAUCUCUUACUCAAAUGUCUGGCAUUGCAUUGCGCUAGUGGGACGAGAGAAUUUACAAUCCUAAUGUAAAGCAGGCUCACGAAAUUACAGCCUCACUCACGAUCCUUAGGGUCUCGGAUACAGUGCGCCCCGCAAAUAAGAAAGGAGAACCCAUCCCUCCAAUGCCACAAUGAAGGAGGUUACCGUACCUCAAAAAAUUAUCGAAGGAGCUGGGACUCGUUCCUCCAACUGGGGGAUUAUAUGACAGCCUCUUCUAAAAAUAAAAAAAAGUUAUCAUACUCAAGAAUUUCAUACCGGUGUUGUGCUCGGCACCAGGCCUCGAAUACCCUGGAAUUCGGGAGUAUUUUACAGUGUUCGCCAGGGACAAUAGGCAUGUUUAGGUUCAAAUUCAGCCGAUAGGAUUAUUGCUUCAGGAACUUUUAGUAAUUCACUCGGCUUUUUCCUACCGUUUUUGCUUACUAAUACUUAGAGAAACCCCUCUCGAGACCCGCUUUACAACAUUGCACCCCACCGGGAGAGGAAAUUGCACGAUCCUCAUGGUCUAUAUUUCUCCUAUCAUAAAUUCCCGUACUUGAGUAUAAUUGGCUAGCUCUGGAGCAAGGGUUAAUUUCCGUACUCAGAGACAAAAAACUCCAGGAGGGAUUAGUGCUUUCCUCACACAAGAAAGCUGGAGUGUUCUGAGUGUGUUGGAUCUCAUUAACCGGUAUUUUGCAAUUCGGCGAAUAACAGUGCUCAAAAAACGCACAUCUGGAGGGGAAGUUUCUGUACUUGUAAAAGGUCAGAAAUAUAUGAAAGGGAUAAUCCUGGCUCCUUAUUAAACAUGGCCCCCGGGUUUUAAGAGGUGUUUAUCGAUGUUUUUAUUACUUGGGCAUUCCUCCCCCUGCUGCAUUACGCUCUUAGAUUCAGCUUUUUGCUUAUCGAUUCUCAGCUCACGUUCUCCCCAGUUUAGUAGCUCUAAUCAGCCACCGGUGCUAUCACAUCCUAAGGCCCUCUUACCAGUGUUAUAAAACUUGAGAUGGAAUGAUGGAGGACUCCCAGGAGUAGAGCUCACGGGUGCGUUUGAUAGCCCUUCAGCGCUCGCACAGGGGUGGCAAUGCGCCGUAAGAGUAGGGUAAUGUUUUUGCUGGCCCGACGCAAAGCCAAUUUGGCAGGAGAAUGCCCCCAUAUGGACUAUCCUAGAUACAAGUACCAGUGCAAACAUGUUCUGGUCCUCGAGUGAGUUUGGGCCUAAAGCGCUCUGAACAGUGGAGAAACCAGUAUUUUCUGGAUCUCAAGCGUACAAGUACACGUUCUACCGGCUGCCUCGGGGCGUCUGGCACCUGCCCGUAGGAAAUUGGAUUGGGUUCGAGCACGUCCAGCUGGUUAUGUUUAAUAGAUGAUAGUUUAAGUUAUACCGUACCGACUUAUUGUAUUUCGACGCGACACCGACACGUCCAUCUUUGGAAAUUUGUUUUGGCCCCGUCGCAGUUGUUGUUAGGGGAACGGAGGACUUUGUCCACUUCUCGUUUUCCAUUGUUUUCUCUCUCCACCUCCGCGUUUUUUUGUAAACUUUCUUCUCCCGUAUCACGAAAUCACGAUACAAACCAUCGCCAAUUAACUCGCAUAUCAGGCACGGUAGUGAAACGAAAGAGAAGGCUCUCGAGAUUGUGAGUCCCCCACCCCCUCAGCUCUCAAAUCCUUGUUUUCAUCUCACGUUUGUCCAGCUUUCUUGUUCCCUGUACCCGUAUCACAAACUGACCAACCACGCGCCAGCAGCUAUCCUUUCCCCUCACCAUCCCUACACACUACCAACCUCCCUCAAGAAUACAAACUUCUGAGAGCCACCAAAUCUAUUCCCCCUGCACUUCCCUUACCUCAAUCUCCUACCAGGCACACACACCCCUCCUUCGAAUCUCUAACCCCCUCAUUCACUAUCAAUGGCCGCCGUGUCCCAACCACCCACUUCACCUCCCUCACAAUCACUGGCGCGUCGUCGUGGUCGCCGCCCCGCGCUGAUACCUCACAACGAGGAUCUCUCAAUCUCAUUAUCUGCUGCCUCUGCUGCGCUAGGAAUGGCAUCAUAUUCGCCAAACCGCGAGGGGCAACGUUCGGAAGGUGUCCUGUGGGCGGUCCUCGGAUCUGCACCGCCCCCGCCUCCACCGCCCCAGUGGGACUCGCAAGGUCACACGCGGGAGAGCGGGGACAUUGCUAAGUGGGGUCAGGAUGCCAUGGACGUCGACUACGAUGAUGGUGACGAUGAGAGAGUGGAGAGGGAGCUGGUUAGGAGCCUCAUCUCCAACGAUGUUUUUACAUGGGUAUGCAGAAAUUUUUUUGGACAUGUGAAGGAAAAAAAAGCAUUCAGUUGCCUCACCGCUGCUUUGCUGACCUCAAAAACCCUGCUUAGGUAAAUUCUACCGAUGGCGAAAGCGAUCAGGCAUACAGUGUCGCAUCGAGUUGUGGGAAAAACAUGUGUGCCGCCUCUGGCUCCGAGACUGCUCCCACUUCACCGCUAAGCGGGAACUUUCCAGAACAAUUGGAAUUCCGAAGAAGGAGAUUGGAAGAGGCUGCGCGUGAAGAUGCCGGCAGGAAAUAGAACUAGACGCUUACCUGUGAUGAACGAUUGAUUGUUUGCCGGCGGUCAGUUGGGAAGGUCAAUGAAAGGUCAUGCAUGAUUGACGCCCUUUUUUUUUUUUUCAUGACGGUUAUGAUAAGACGAAGAAAUGAUGUGGGAGUAUACAUUUAUUAUUAUUAUUUUCUACCCUACUUUCUUACCGCAUCGAUCUAAUAACUCUUUUUAUAUUACCUUUUCCACUUCUUCUUUUCCUUUACUCGUAGUAUCAGUUUCUUUUGCAUCACUUUUUUUUUCUCUCUUCCGGAAACUCUACACGAUGGGGAAAAGGAUGUAUUGCGCGGGAAGCAAAUGGGCGGACGAGACGGGGUGAGUAUGCAAAAGCGAAUCUAUCUGAUAGCAUUACCGUAAUUUGUUUUACCAUGAAGCCUUUUUCCUUCCCUGCGACUCCGCGGGGCCGGCGCAUCAAACGUCUGUCAUGGUCGCAUAUCAAGGCAGUAACCUUAAUGACUAACCCUUACC